UCUGCACAGCAACACAUCGAUCGUGUGUCCAUUUUGUCCGCCGGAAAAUUCUGCUGCUCUCUUUUUAUAUCCAAGUCUCGCGCUUUUCUCUCUCUCUCUCACACACACUCUCUUUUCCUUUCUACCUCACACGUAUUUCCGUCCACUCAGUGCCUGAGCUCCGGGAAAAAGCGAGGUGAAGUGUGAUCGCGAGUGGAUCACCCGUGUUAGGACACACUGUGAAAAAAGGGGGAAAGUCGGCCGAUAAUGAUCUUUGCGCGCUCGAGAUGGUCAUCAAUUUCGCUGGUGUGUUUCCUAUUGGCAGUCGCUGCAUUUCCGGGUUGUGCGUCCGGUGCCAAGAGCAAAAGUGCUGAUGCCGCCAAGGCGCCGCAGCCCGCGCAUCCGGCGGAUCCUGUGAUCGAGGAAGUCACAGCCAAGCAGUUGGAGCGGAUUCUGCAGGAGAAGGAUUAUGUGGCCGUAUAUUGGUAUGCACGAAGUUGUGUGACUUGCGACAAAGUUUUAGCCGAACUCGAACAAAUCGACGAUGACACCGAUUCUUUCGGUGUGGAUUUUGUUAAAAUAAACGACAAACGACUGGCCAAGCAGUAUGGCAUUAAAAAUUUCCCAGCUCUCACUUACUUCCGUGAUAAACUGCCGAUCAUUUUCGAUGGAGACAUCAUGGACAGUGAAGCUGUUCUGGAUUUCCUCACAUCAUUGGAAGCCAUGGAUCUCCCGGAUCGAAUUGAGGAGGUGAAUGCGAAGAUUCUCGAGAAGAUCGUUGAGGACACUGACUACAUUGCUGUGCUCUUCUGUCCAGAGCACAGUACAUGUCCAUCAGGACAUGGAGGAAUGUCGAAUAAGACCGAGUGCAGGAAGUGCGCCAAAGCUCUGCAGGAGUUGGAGAACAUCGAUGACGAGGCGGACCAACUUGGGAUCGGCUUUGUCAAGAUUCACGACGAAGACUUGGCGGAUGAGUACAAUUUGGGGGCGCUGCCGAAACUCGUCUACUAUCGCCACCAAAUUCCCAUCAUCUAUGAGAAUGAAUUGUCUCGAGAGGAGGAUGUUCUCGAGUGGCUGAUUGAGAACAAGUCCACAGGAGACGACGAGGACAUCAUUGAGGACGUCACUGCCAAGACACUCAACACUCUUAUAGGCAAUGUGGACAAUUUAGUAGUGCUGUUCUAUGACCAUGGAGAGGAGCAAUCGAUGACGGUUCUGGAGGAGCUGGAAAAGAUCGAUGAUGACUGCGACAGGCAUGGAAUUCAGUUCGUCAAGAUUGAUGACAAGAAAGCCGCCAGAGCCUUUGGACUCGAUGAGGACGAUUUCGAAGUGCCAGCGAUUGUCUACUUCGAGAAACAGAUACCAAAUAUUUAUGACGGCGAUUUGGAGGAUGAAGAUGAUAUCCUGAAGUGGCUUUUGUCUCGGUUGGAAGAGGAUGAAAUUGAAGAUGUCACAGAUGAAAUGUUAGAUUCUCUCAUCAAGGAAGGCAAACAACUGGCAGUUCUCUUCUACGACAAUAACGAUAGGAAAUCGCAGAAAGUGCUGGAAGAACUCGAGAACAUCGACGAUGAGUGCGAUUCGAUGGGAAUUCUUUUUGUCAAGAUUGAUAAUAUCGAGGAAGCGAAGGAAUACGGAAUUGAAAGAGUGCCAAAGUUGCUGUACUUCGAAAAAGGCAUCCCGACUAUCUACGAAGGCGCUCUGGAUGAUGAGGAAGGUCUCCUGAAGUGGCUGGAGUCGCAAACAAGUGCUGAUGAGAUUGAGGACAUCACUGAUGAAAUGCUGGAUCUGAUCAUCGAGAAAAUGGAUCACGUUGCUGUGCUGUUCUACGACAAGGAUCAGAAGAAAUCCGCCAAGAUCUUGGAAGAACUGGAGAACAUUGACGAUGACUGCGAUCAAAAUGACAUCGCUUUCGUGAAGAUCGACGAUGACAACGAGGCCAAGGAAUGGGGCAUUGACGAACUCCCAACGAUGGUGCUUUACGAGAAGGGCGUUCCUCAUGUUUAUGAGGGUGAUCUGCAGAAGGCUGAUGAACUCCUUGGAUGGCUCAUCCAUCAGAAGAGACAUUCCGAAAUCCCAGAAAUCACUGACGAAAUGAAGGACAAGUUGAUCGAAACUUCUGAUCACUUAGCAGUCAUUUUCUAUGACAAGGACGAUAAACAAGACAUUCGAGUCCUGAAUGAAUUAGAAAAUAUCGAUGAUGAGCUGGAAAAGGAGGGCAUCGUGAUUGUGAGGAUCGAUAAUGCUGAAGAAGCUAAGGAAUAUGGCCUGGAUCAUUUGCCUGCGCUGGUCUACUUCGAAGAGAAGAUUCCAAGCGUUUACCCUGGAGACUUGAUGAAUGAAGACGAAGUGCUUGAGUGGCUCUUGCUCCAGAAGGAAACUGCAUCAAUUGAAGAAGUUACUGACGAAAUCCUUCAGGAACUGAUUGACGAACACGAGUACGUUGUCGUGUACUUCACCGGACCUUGCGAGUCGGGAGAGCGUUGUGACAACUUCCUGGAGGAUCUGGAAAACAUUGACGAUGAACUCGAUGAAGCCGGAAUCAUCUUCGUUCGCACUGAAGAUGUUUCCCUGGCGAAGAAGUACAGCAUUCGCAAUCUGCCACAAGUUGUCCUCUUCCGCAACAAAGAGCCGGUUCUCUACAAAGGCGGUGAAGAUGAGGAUGAAGUUCUCACUUGGCUGACGGACGAAAAUACCCUCGAGAUUCCUGGAAAAAUUGAGGAAGUGAAUGUGAAGAUGCUGGAAAAAAUUCUGGGAGAAAAUGACCACAUCGUAGUGUUCUUCUAUGAAGAAGGUGACAAGAAGUCUCAGAAAAUCAUCAACGAACUGGAGAAUAUUGAUGAUGAGUGUGAAGAGAAGGAUAUUGACUUUGUUAAGACGUCCGAUGAUGAUAUUCAGGAGGAAUAUGAUCUGCCCAAUCUUCCUUGCCUUGUCUUCUACCGCAACAAGUUCCGCACAAUUUACAGCGGAAAUCUGAUGAAGGAGGAGGAAAUCCUCGAGUGGGUGCUUGAACUCUACGAAUCGCCACCAGAUGAGAUUGAAACUGUUGAUAGAAAGACUCUUCAAGUUCUUAUCAAUGAAGUUGAGCACUUGGCUGUAUUCUUCUAUGACGACAAGUGCACCGCGUGUCCUGGAAUCCUGGAGGAGUUGGAAACCAUUGAUGACGACACUGACAAGCAUGGAAUUCAAUUUGUGAAAUCUAGCGACGCAAAGUUGGCACACGAAAUCGGAAUAUUCUCCUUCCCAGCCCUUGUUUACUACGAAACUGGCGUUCCAAUCAUGUAUGAUGGCGACAUGGAAGAUGAAAGGGAAGUUCUCGAUUGGAUGGUGAAGCAGAAAACUGACUCCAGCAUCCCGGAAAUCGAUCGUGAGACUCUCUUUGAGUACAUCAGCAGCAAGGACUUCCUGGCGGUGAUGUUCUUCCUCGAAGACAACAACGAAGCCUUCAAGAUUCUGCGACAUCUCGAGUUGAUCGACGACGAAGCGGCUGAAUAUGGAAUAACAAUCGUGAAAUGCGACGAUAAACUCAUGGCGAAGAAGUUCGGAUACAGAAAUCCUCCGGGAUUGACGUACUUCCGCAAGGGAAAACCCAUCAAUUACGACGGUGAUCUUGAUGACGAGGAAGAAUUGCUGGAUUGGCUGACAAAUCCUGAAAAUAUGGAGAUGACUGAUCAUAUUGAGCAGGUUAAUCGCAAAAUGUUCCAGAAAAUUCGCCAAAAUUCGGAAUACUUGGCUGUCUUCUUCUACAGUGACGAUUGCAAGCAGUGCCCGAGGGUGCUCACAGAGAUCGAGCACAUCGAUGAUGAAGCAGAUCGCGCUGGAAUAGACUUCGUGAAGAUCGACGAUCGCAAGAUGGCGAAGGAAAUCGGCGUGUUCGCUCUGCCUGCGAUUGUCUUCUACAAGUCAGGCUCUAAGGAGCCAGUGAUCUACGCCGGGGACAUUUACGAGGAGCAGGACAUCCUCAACUGGCUGCUGACGCAGAAGGACCCUGGCGGAGAUGUGAUCGAGGACCUCGAGGGCGCCAAGCUAAUGUCGAUGAUCGAGGAGUCUGGCUCCUUGGCGAUCUUCUUCUGGAAUAAGACACAGUGCGACAUUUGCAACUCAAAAGCAAUGCGAAAAGCUAGAAUGAAAAAGGAGCGCGAGCAAAAUGCCACAACGCAGACGCCGGCGGGAUGUCCAGGUCCUGAGGCUGGACCGUCUCCACUGGAGCAUCACGAAGAGGACGCUGGAGCUGAUGAGUGUGAAAAUUGCGCGGGAAUCCUUGAAGAGCUGGAGAACAUCGAUGACGAUUGCGAUCGUCAUGGUAUAGUUUUCGUAAAGACGAAGGACUUCAGCGUUGCGGAAGAGUACGGCGUUGUGGAGUAUCCCGCUUUGGUGUACUUCGAAGAUGGAAUUCCAAAUGUCUUCGAAGGUCAACUGCAAGAGGAGGAAGAAGUUCUUCAGUGGCUGAUAACGCAGAGAACCGAAGACAGGAUAGAACUCAUAACGAGAGCAAUGUUGGAGACAAUGGUGGAAGAUACAACUUACUUGGCAGUGUACUUCUUGCCUCCAAACAGCAAAAAAGCACCAGCCUACUGCAGAACACUCUGCUCACCACUUGCCACCAAAGCCUCCACACAAAACGUCACGAGGGCGCAAGCUAACACGCGCACGCUGGUCACCAAGUACAAGCUGCGAAAGCGUCUCGAAGUGGCCCUCCAAGAUAAGAUAAAUUGCAACAUCUGCGAUCAAAUCCUGGAAGGAUUGGAACUCAUAGACGAUGAGUGCGAUGUCUUCGGUAUUCACAUGGUGAAGAUUCAGGAUCCUCAGUUGGCGAAACGCUACUCAAUCAAAACCUUCCCAGCUUUGGUGUACUUUAGGAACGGAAAUCCGCUGAUCUAUGAAGGAGAUCUGCAGAAUGAAGAGUCAGUUCUCGAGUGGCUCAUUGAUGACGACAACAGAGAACUGGAAGAUGAAAUUGAGGAAGUGAAUGAUCGCAUGCUGGAGCGUCUCAUGGAAGAAUCUUCACUUCUUGUAGUAUUCUUCUAUGAUGAAGAUUGCGACGAGUGCGAGGAGAUUCUCGAGGAGUUAGAGUUGAUUGAUGGCGAAGCCGAUCUAUUUGGAAUAGAUUUUGUUAAGAUCGCCAGUACUGAAGCCGUGGAGAAAUAUGAAGUUGUGAAUAUUCCAUCACUCAUCUACUUUAGGAAACGCGUGCCUAUUCUGUACGAUGGCGAUCUGACUCAGCACGAGAGAAUCAUAACGUGGUUGACUUCACAAGAUGUCUUCGAGAUCAAGAAUGAGAUUGAGGAGGUGAACAGAAAGAUGCUGGACAAGUUAUUAGACGAGAAUGACUUCCUCACAGUGUACUUUUACGAACGCGAUGAUGAUGAAAGCGACGUCGUCUUGGAGAAACUGGAGACCAUCGACAGCGAAACGGACAAUCUGGACAUCACCUUCGUGAAGAUGGCCGAUCCCAGGUACGCGCGAAAGUGGGGCGUGACGAAGCUGCCGGCGCUCGUAUACUUCCGGAAGCGCUUCCCCAGCAUCUACAGAGGCAACCUGAAGGUGGAGAGCGAAGUGCUGGAGUGGCUGCGGAAGAACCGCUUCCGACAGCCCGAGCUCAACAUCUUCAUGUACGCCCUGCUGGCCAUCUCCGUGGCCUUCGUCAUCUACACCGCCUUCCUGCUGCAGUGCUUCAAGCCGGCGCCGCCGCCGCCCGUCGCCCAUCCUAAGCAGGCGUGAUAAUCCUGCA